UUGAAUAACUAAACAAAUUUUUUCAGUAAAAAGUGUUGUAUUAAACUUGUGUAAAGUAGAAAAAAUAUAUUUAAUCAUUGGCUGCUAAGCAAGGCACUGAAAUACGCAAAUACAAAACCAACAAGCAUUCAAAUGUACAUGUAUAGUAAGUUUACAGGGUGAAAAAUUGAAAGUGCUUACAGAUUUUUUACUUAAACAGUGCACGAUAAUUAAUAAUAAUUUAAUGAAAUAUAUAUAUAUUUAAACAGUGCAAAUCAUAAGAAAGCUAAUAACAUUUACUGUGACAGUGAAAAUAUAUUUCGAAUCUCUAAAAAAUACGAUUUCUAUCCCCUAAGCGAUCGGUACAAGUGUCAACUACUGCAAUUAAAAAUUUGUUAAUUGACAUUAUAUUAAUAAUAGUGUAAAAAAAUCUUAAAACACUCAUCUAAUAAAAGACCUUAAAAUACAGCCAACCGAAAAAUCAAAACAAAACCGAAAAAUAAAGUUGCGACGGCAGCAAAGAAAAUUAUAUAGAUAAAAAAAACAACAAAAACACAUACAAAUAACAAAAAAAUAAUAAUUAAGUGGAAAUAAAUUGUGGUUUGCCUUGCAACAAACAAGAGAGAAGUGAAAGAAGAAGCAGAAGCAAAAACAGCAGCAACCAACAAACAACAAAUCGCAACUGCAGUGGAAAAUUCAAAACAAAACUGUAAAGAAAAAUAAAUAAAAGAAAAACGUUAAAACACACAUACACUCGCACACACGACUUACAGCUUAACAAGGCAGGUGGUGGAACAAGUUUUUCUGCGCUCUUAAAUAGCUGUGAACAAUUUCGAUUUGCUCUUAAGUUUGCUGUGAACAUGAAAAGGGGCACACAAGCCAAUAAAAUUAAAAAAGAUUAAUUAAAAACUACAAAGUGUAUGAAGCUUAAAGUCAUUUGCAAAGGCACAACAACAAAAAAUUAAGAAAUGAAACAAAAAAAAUCUUAGAAAAUAUCUUAUAUUGUAUAAAAGACACUUGAGCACCCUUCACACGGUUAUAUGUAUGUACAUGACAAAUACUUUCCUAAAAAGUUUCUACAAAGUCUACUCGAAAGAGUAAAAUCAUUGUGACUUAGUGGCAAAUUACCACAUUUUACGUUACUCAACAACGUUACGCUACAACAGAUUCACCACACUCGGCUCAACAUACAUAGUCGUACAUACAAACAUACAGAGAAAAUAAACUCCAAAGAAGCAGCAGCAGCAAAAAUUGUAUGCGAGAAAUUCAAUUAAAAGUCAAAGCAAGUAGAGAAGUGGACACAAAAACAAAGCAAUAAGCAAACAAAAAACAACAACGCCACUCGAAGGUGAAAUAACACACACUUGUGUUAAGCUACACGCAAUCAAAGCCGCCAAAGGCACACAGCGGUAGCAGCAGCAGCAGCAGCAGCAGUUAAAGUAACAACCAACCAAGAAACCAACAAAAUGACCUUGCCCACAACAACAACAGUAAAUGGUUGUGACGACGAUUCCGAUAUGUUUGGACCGCCACGUUCUUCUCCCAUCGGCUAUCAUCAUCAUCGCUCGCGUGUCCCCAUGAUAUCGCCAAAGUUGCGUCAACGUGAAGAACGCAAACGCAUAUUGCAAUUGUGCGCAACCAAGUUGGAGCGUAUCAAGGAUUCAGAGACGAAUCUACGACGCAGUGUAUGCAUCAAUAAUACAUAUUGCCGGCUAACGGAUGAAUUGCGACGGGAGAAACAGUCACGCUAUUUGGCGAAUUUACCAAGAUCCGACGUUAAGCCUGAGAGCGCACGCGACAACAUUUUCAACCCGUACAAUAGUUGCGGCAUUGACAACUCUAAUCAUCAACCAUCGAACAAAACCGCCUGCAAUGAAAACACCGCCAACUCCGACAACCUCAGCAACAAUAACAACAAUUCUUACAACAAUUUACGCACUGACGACAGCACGGAACAAAGCAAUGGCUGUGAACCGAACUACAGAGGCGAUGGAAAUAACCUCAGCAACAACAAAGUACACUCCACAUCCACCAAUGGCGAUAUUAUGCACACAUCGACGCUUCACAGUAUCAACAACAACUGCCCGGCAAACAACAAUGUCAAUAGCAUCUCCACCGCCAACAACACUACCACCACCACCACCUCAUACACAGCUGCCAUCCACUCAAGCGCCAACAAUGCCUCCACCAACAACAAUUCCACCCUCAAUCUCAUCACAACCCAUGCCAGCAUCGCUGCCAAUUCAACGCCUUCCUCCGCCUCCGCCUCCGCCGCCGCCACAUCGACCAUCAACACACACUCCCGCAAACGUCAACUCUCCAGCAGCAAUCUUGACAAUGACUUGGAAAUACUCGACCGUGAAUUGAGCGAAAUCAAUGCACCAAUGCCACUAAUUGACCCCGAGAUCACACAAGGUGCCGAGCAGCUGGAGAAGGCCAUCUCAUCGCGUAAACGUUUGCGCAGCGAGGACGAAAGUGAUCGUUUGGUACGCGAAGCUCUCUCACAAUUUUACAUACCGCAACAACGGCUGAUCUCUGCCAUUGAGGACUGUCCGCUUGAUGUGGUGAGUGUCGGCGGUAGUAUGGGCGUCGGUGUAGGCUUGGGUUUAGGCAUGGGCGUUGGUGUCGGUGUCGGUGUCGGGAUGGGUAUGACACCGCUGUCACCGAGCAAACGUCAAAAGCUAAGUAAUAGCGCUAAUGAGCUUGAGUUGGAGUUCGAUUUGAAUCAAAAUCAAAAGGAUUUCGAGGUGAUAAUGGAUGCCCUACGCCUGGGCACACCAAGUCCUACACCCAGCGUGGGCAGUGACUCGUGCGGGCAGGCGGCGAUGAUGAGUGAAUCGGCCAGUGUGUUUCACAAUCUGGUCGUCACAUCGUUGGAAACAUGAAAGUAUCAGUAAAAGACAGGCGGCAAGGCAGUCGCGGUUAAAAGAGAUUGGACGCAGUGAAAGUGCGGUGUCAGCAAGUGAGUGUGCGACGUUACAGGGCGAUCAUGAAGCUUACGGGCUGGAGCAGGGAGAAUUGUAAGAUUUUUGUGCAACGUGCUGUCAACCGUUCACACUGUGAAUUUAUGCGACUUAAAUGCAAUUUACGCUAAUAUAAGUAAACACUUUUUACAUCGCAUCGUUAAGUUUAGCAGAAUAUGUUUGUGGGAAAUAUUAAAAAUUAUUGAAAAUUAGUUAAGCAAAAAAAAAAACAUUCUUUAAUUUGAAAAUGACGUCACAGUGGAAGCGAACACAUACGUACAUAAUUUACAAAACGCAGAAUAGUUUCACGAAACAUGCGCAGAAAACAAACAAAAAAAGGUGAAAAUGCCGCAUAUUUGUUGUAACUAAAAUAGACAAAGCAAAAACUCUUAAUUUUAAGCAUUUAGCUUAAGAUUUUUUUCCACAAGUAUAACUCAAUUUUAAGCAUCCAAUUACGUAUAAGGAAAAACAGAAAUAAAAACAAAAACAAAACAACAUAUACAAACGCAUAAAUCAUAAAAUAUAUACAAUAUUAUUAAAAGUUAGUUAAGCACUAAACAAAAAGAACUAAAUCAAAGAAAAUGUAGUCAAGCAACAGACAACAGACAUACCCACAUACAUACAUACGUGUAUGUAUACCAUACAUGUACAUAUGUGUAGUUAUAUGUUUGUAGCAAGUCAAAUGGUAGGGAAUAAGAUCGCGCAAGAAAAACGUGAUUCAACAAACUUAUGAGUAAAGAAGAUUACAUACAAAAAAAAAAAGAGAACAAAAAAUGUUAAGGAAGUUACAAAAACAAGUCGUAAAACAUUUAAACACCUAUUAAAAAUCUACAACUAAUUUGCCUACAACUUUUGCUUUCUUCAUUUAACGCCACGCUCUCCAUAUGCAGCUCACAGACUCUAUUAAAAUAAAAAAUUCAUUAAAUUAAAAAAAAAAAAAUCAUUAUAUGCAUAUGAAUGUUCAUAUGUUUUUACUAUGAUAAAUUGAUUAAAAUACAAAAGAAAUGAAAAGAUUUGAAAAUAUGGUUUCGCAAUUCUCACUGAAAACGGCAAUUUCUAUGUUUUCAAAACGGAAAAUGAAUGCUCCUACCGCCAAAACUAUUUAAUAAUCUUUAAAUUUCUUGACACCACCGCGCAGGCACCGUUUGCGCCAAUUAAGAAGAAGAAGCAGCAUUUUAUUCAGAUUUUUUUUUGGGGUAAAGUUUGAAGUUAUUACGCGAAAAUUGUUGUUAUUAAAAACAUGCGUUUCCAGAAUUCUGAAAUAUGAAAUGAUCAUUUUGUUGCAAUUAAUAGGAUAGAGUGAAAAGCUUUCUGCACACAACUACAAAAAAUGUUGGGUUUUACUUCAAUGAAGUUUAAAUAUAUCUGGAUACAUCCGAAUUUUAUUUUAAUAUUUUUUUUUUUAAAUUUCUACUAAAGUAAAUCUUAAUAAUAACAGCAAAAAUAAACAAAAAAAAAAAACAAAUGCAAUGGACCUUCAUAACUUUCAAAGGAAAGAAAUAACUUCAAACCCCACAAAUUUUAAAACAUUUAUUAGCAGCUUUCUGAGUCAAAACUCCAACACGUAAUAAUAUUUUCAUAAGAAUUGUUUCUUUUACUGUUGAAUUUACAAAAUGUUUUU